AUGGAGGAAGGUCCCUGUAUUUUUAGGGGAAAUGCGGUGCUUAUUGAGGAGUAUGAUGGUGUAACUGGACCCUCUGCGAUUUCUUUCAGAGGUUUAGCGGUAUGGGCACGUAUCUAUGACAUGCCGCUAACAUUCAUGAACAAAAGUAUCGGGAAGAAAUUAGCUGACCGCAUUGGUGUGGUGGUGAAGGUAGAGGUUGAUGAAGAUGGUUGGGGUUGGGGGAAUUUCUUGAGGGUUCGUCUCAAAAUUGAUCUCCAAAAACCCCUAACUAGGGUGCUGAAGGUGGACAUACGCAAAGGAGGUGUAGAAAGGAAGGAGUUUUUUAAGGUCAAAUAUGAGAAGAUGCCUCGUUUCUGUGCUGUGUGUGGUUUGCUAGGCCAUACAGAAAAUGAAUGUGGGGAUGGAGUGCACGAUGAGAAGGAUUUUCAGUAUGGGGACCGGUUAAUUGCUUCUCCUGACAGGCGAGUUAAAGCUAAGAAUGGCGGUCCAGUUAAUGUAUCUAAAAUCUUGGGGAACAGGAAUGAUGUAUUAGGAAAUGGGGGCUUAAAAUUUUCUAAUCAGGAGGCUAGAAGGAAGUUGAAUUCUAAUACAAGGAUAUUUACUUCUCGCGAGAGAAAAGAAAAUUCUGUUGAAGAACGUGAUCUCCAGGAUGAUGCAAGUAGCCCAAGGAAAAUUUUAGAAAAUGAGAAGAAAAACACUAGUGGUACAGGGAAAAAGAGGUUGUCUCUUGAAUGGGACAUGGAGCAUGGGGGUGAUAACUUAAAUCUUGCUGUUGUUCCAAUGGAGGAGUUUCUUGGAAAUUGUGUUGAUGUGUAA